AUGCUUUUACCACGCCACGUUAUAUCUGCAACAACUGCAGUCACUUUAAAACGCCACAUAAGAGACCAUAUCAAAGCUAGUGAUUUAAAGCAACUUAAUUUUACUAAAGACUCUGAAAAUAGAACAGUUGUUUACACUGACGGCUGCUGUCUGUUCAAUAACUCAACUGUUGAACAGAGACAGUCAGGGUUAGGAGUCUUUUGGGGCGUAGACCAUGUUUUAAACUUAUCUUUGCCGAUUUUUGGUAAAGUACUGACUUCAAACCGUUCUGAAAUAUUAGCCGUCCAUGCCGCGAUUUUAACUGCAAUGCAACUUGGUUGGAAAGAUUUAAGCAUUUGUUCCGACUCCAUGCAUGUGAUAAAUAGUUGCCAAACUUGGCUUAAGUGGUGGGCUGUAAAUAACUGGAAUACUUCUACUGGAGCAAAAGUAAAGAACCUUGAUCUGUGGAAACCUUUACAGAGAGAUUUAAAGCGAUUAAAUGUCAGCUUUACAAAGCAAGGGGAAGACAGCAAUGGAAUACAAAUGGCUCACAAUCUUGCUAAUGCUGGUGCAAAAAUAUCAAGAGCAACUUAA